AUGACGUUGCGAUCGAUUUCGGGGGACAUAAAACCCCCAAAAUUUAAAGUCGUCAUUGUCGGCGGCUCGAUCGCUGGCCUGACUCUUGCCCAUGUUUUAGCUGCCUACAACAUUGACUUUGUCGUUCUAGAGGCCCGCGAGGAAAUCGCUCCAAAUGUGGGCGCAAGUAUUGGCUUCACCGGUAACGCCCAUCGGAUCCUGGACCAACUCGGUGUGUGGGAUGAACUUGCCGAACUCGCAACCCCCAUCGUCAACAACUAUGUAUGGAACGAUCGAGGCCAUCAGCUUGGAUAUACGGGAGCCUUCAAACUCUCGCAAGUUCGUCAUGGUUACCCAGUCAUUUUCCUUACGCGCCAGCAAGUACUUGACGUGCUCUGGAAUAGGUUGCCAGACAAGAGCCGUGUUCUGGCUGGUAAAAAAGUGGUCAAGAUGGAGCAAUCCUCCACAGAAGCGACGGUGCAGUGCCUUGACGGGUCGACCUACACGGGUGAUAUCGUCGUCGGCGCCGAUGGCGUGCAUAGUAUCAUUCAUAAAGAGAUGUGUCGACACAUGGAAAUGACCCAGCAGAGUGAUGUAUUGCUUUCUGAAAAUAAGAGGAUGGUCACGCAAUAUCGCGGUGUCUUUGGUAUUUCCAGCUCGGUUACAGGGAUCAAAGAAGGGGAGAUGCACAAUGUCUUUGUAAAGGGGGCUUCUAUCCUUGUUAUUGGCUGUAAAGACCAUGUGUUUUGGAUUGUUGGAGUGAAGAUGGAAAGAACAUAUUACGCCCCAGAAACUCCGCGUUUCGAUCAGUCGCAACUGGAAGAUGACCUUGCAUUUUUGAUGGACAAACACGUUUGUGCAGGAGUUCAAUUUAAGGAGGUAUAUCAACGAUGUAUUCGAUCCAGCCAUCUGCCUCUUGAAGAAGGUAUAUUUGAGCGAUGGAAUUGUGGAAGGGCUGCUUGUAUAGGCGACUCAGUUCACAAGAUGACCCCAAACCUUGGCCAAGGAGGAUGCUGCGCUAUAGAAAGUGCCGUAACCUUGGCUAAUGCAAUAAUAGAGAUUGUGCAAAGCCGAGAAAAACAGCAGCCUCCAAAUAUCGAAACCAGAUUGGACUCCUGGGCAACUGCGAGCAAGCCCAGGAUGAGGCUUAUUUGUACGCUGUCAGAGAUGGUGAUACGGAUGCAAUCGCUAGAUAAUGUGGUCUAUGAGAUUACUGGCCCAAUCUUUUCCAAGUACUAUAUGGACACCUUUGCAGAUCUCAUAUCUGACAUGGGCGUGGGUGGCGAAUGCAUAUCUUUUCUCCCUCUACCCGAACGUCAAAGAACUGGGACGAUGCCGUUUGGGAAGCGCCACUAUAUCGGGUCCCCGAUUAUACCACCCGGCCGUCUACUUUGGAGCAUCCCGCUUCUGAUUUGCUUCUCCUUAAGCAUUCUUAUGUCUCCAGCAGAGAUCCCAGCUUCGAGCUCUUGGGACGUGUAUUCUGCGAUUGCGGACCUGGGGAUCUUCCAGACUAUUUGGGCUCUGGAGAGCGUAAGAAUUUGCAACGCCAUAACCUUCAUGAGCUUGUAA